CUCGCUGCAGCCUGAGAGCGAGACAGAGACACGGUCAGGCCCCGAAUAUAGACACAUUAUAGAACAUUUUAGAUUAUUAUUUUUUUAAUCAAACAACAGAUCGAGGGAAGAAAGACCGUGAAAGGUGGCGUGGAGUCUCUCCCACCGUAUGUUUGCGAAUAUUCGGUGAUGGAAUGUUACCGGGGUUCCAUGAGAAAUUGACAAAUGCGGCGCUGGAAACUUUUUGACAUUGACAACAGCAGCACUAUCUGAGGCCCAGACCGUAGCCCUCCUAAGCCCUACCCGGUCCUGCCUGGAGCCACGCCCUACACUGCCCUCCACCACUCCCCACGUAGAGCCUGGAAGGCAGGGAAGCCACGGCCGGGGUUUCAUGGCAACAGCACCCUAGGGCUGCCAUGGCAGCUGGUGCCGCCGAGGCUCCACGCCAUGUUACAGCACUGACGCCGGAGGACGAGGAACGACUAGCCGCUGCCGAGCUGUACAGCGACACUACCCUGCCACGGACAGAGAGAGAGAGAGAGAGGGAAGAGCGAGCCAGCGGCAACGAGUGUUUGGUGUGUGGGACUUGGUUUGGUUCGCAGGAUAAGCUUCGGCUUCACUCUUUCUGUCACACGGGAGAAAAACCAUUCCACUGCUCCCAGCCACACUGUCCUAAGGCCUUCAGCUCCAAAUAUAAACUGUUCAGGCAUAUGGCCACACACUCUCCGCAGAAAACUCACCAGUGCUCGUUCUGCGAGAAAAUGUUUCACCGCAAAGAUCACCUGAAGAACCACCUGCAGACCCAUGACCCCAACAAAGAGGCCUUCAAGUGUGAGGAAUGUGGCAAGCACUACAACACCAAGCUGGGCUACAAGCGUCAUGUGGCCAUGCAUUCAGCCACAGCUGGGGACCUCACCUGUAAGGUGUGCCUGCAGAGCUACGAGAGUACCCCUGCCCUGAUGGAGCAUCUCAAGAGCCACUCGGGCAAGUCCUCCGGAGGUGCCAAGGAGAAGAAGCAUCCAUGUGACCACUGUGACCGCCGCUUCUACACACGGAAGGACGUGCGUCGCCACAUGGUGGUCCACACCGGCAGAAAGGACUUCCUGUGUCAGUACUGCGCCCAGCUCGGCAGGAAGGACCACCUGACGCGGCAUGUGAAGAAGAGCCACUCUCAGGAGCUGCUGAAGAUAAAGACUGAGCCUCUGGACAUGCAAGGCAUGCUGGGCUCUGGCUCCUCCCCCUGCACCGUCAAAGAGGAGCUCAGCCCUAUGAUGUGCAGUAUGGGUUCCAGCAAAGACCACAUGCUGGCCAAGCCGUUCCUCAGCGGCACCCCCUUCCCCAUGGGCAUGUACAACCCCCACCACCUCCAGGCCAUGUCCAACCCUGAGGUGGGCCACCACCACUCUCUGAUGCCCGGCUCCCUGUCCACUGCCAUGGGGAUGGGCUGCCACAUGGAGCCCCCCCUCCAUCCCCCGCACCACCACCACCACCACCACCACCAUCACCACCACAUCCAAAACUCCCCCCCGCUGCCCCACCUGCAGCAGCCCCAACAGCACCAGCAGCAACAGCACGCCCAGCCUCCACCCAAGUACCAGCUGGGAUCUACCUCAUACCUGCUGGACAAGCCCCUCAAAGUGGAGAUGGAGAGCUUUCUCAUGGAUCUGCAGAGUGGGCUGCCGGGCCACCACUCAGGUGAUCAUCAUCACGCUGCUGCCUCACCCCCCAAGGAGGGACUAGAGCACCCCUCAGGCCUGACAGACGAGCUGUGUGGUGACCCCCUCCUGUCUAAGAGCCCUGCUGUCAUCGCUGAGUCUCUGUGCACAGCUAACAUGGACUUCUCUCACCUGCUGGGCUUCCUGCCUCUCAACCUGCCCCCCUACAACGCCCCCAUCAGCACAGCAGGACUAGUCAUGGGGUACACCUCAUCUGCUGCCUCCUCCUCUUCCUCCUCUUCGUCAUCCUUGCGUGGCACUGAGCCCCACGCCGCUGCCACAGCCGCACCUCUUACCUCUUUGCAACCUCAAGCUCAGGAGCAGCAUGGCUCCAGCAGGGGCCUGGGUCUAGGGCCCCUGCACCCUCUCCCGCCAGUGUUUAGCUCCAGCCUCAGCACGACCACCCUGCCUCGCUUUCACCAGGCCUUCCAAUGAGGGGCCCCCCAGGCCAUCAUCCUCAGCUCACUGCCUCACACCCAGGGGCCAAGGGGCCUCUUGGGCUGCAAGGGUGGACAUAAAAACACUUGAACACUUAGAAGCCUUAAUUGAAGUGCACAAAAGCUUUUGAUUGAGCUCCAGAGGAAACUAAAUCCCUUUGUUGAAACAAAAAGGAAAAGACGAGAAACUUUCAAACUAAGGAGCUUUUGUUUGGCCUUUCUUUAGCUGUGAUGAUUGAAUCCCUCUCGCUUUGUUGAUGUUUGUUUAGUUGGAUCCCCAUUUAGCUUUUGUAGAAUCAGCAGCUACUCUUCCUGGGGUCCACAAAAAACACGACAAGUAACAAAACACUGAUACACAAGGACAGUCACACAAAUUAAAAUACAGGGAUGUACAAACAAUACAUCUCAAAUAUGUGUGUGUGUGUUAGAGUGCGUGUCUCUUAGUGUGUCUGUGUGUUAGUGUGUGUCUCUUAGUGUGUCUGUGUGCUAGUGUCUCUGUGUGCUAGUGUCUGUUAGUGUGUCUGUGUGCUAGUGUGUCUGUGUGUAUGUGUGUUAAGAGUGUGUUAGAGUGUGUCUGUGUUAGUGUGUCUUUGUGUUAGUGUUAAUGUGUGUGUGUGUGUGUGUGUGUGUGUGUGUGUGUGUGUCACCUCACAGUCCCCUCUGUUCCAUGAGAUGCUGUUUAUUUUGUUUCUUUUAAAGGUAAUUCUUCUGUUUGCUGAGUAACUGGAAAUGGAAGGGAGUUCCAUGUGAUCACGGCUCUGUAUAAUACUGUGAGUUGCCGUGAAUGAGUUCUUUAACCUCUACCACUAGCCUAUUCCCCCUCGUCACUUCCCUCCCUCUACUCUGUAGUCAGGAGGCAGCAUCUGCAGGCCUGAAGGCCUGGUACUUUACAAAGUCAGAAUAUUAAGAAAAAAAUAUUCAUUAUAGAGAAAAUUGUAAAAAAAAAAACAUAUAUAUAUUGUUACCCAGAAGCCUAGUGACCCAGAAGUAUAGUUUUGAAGUGGGUGAAAUAUAAUUUUCUUGCUUUUUCAAAUGUGACUGAACAUGCUGGGUUGUCUCUCCCGUGAGUGUAAAAGUAUGAAUCACCUACCCAGAAACACACCCUGUCAUCAUCAUCAUCGUCAGGGGGGAAGAUUAGUGAAGAACUAAAGUGAUACUGCCCCACGGACAUUACCCUCCUCUAAUAUAGGCUACAACCACACAACAAAAUAUCUGUCUUGAAAAAGUGCUCUUAAAAAAAAACUGGAAUAACUGAUUACUGUUCAGACUCAUCAGUUUCUGCAGAAAGUAAAAUAAAAGUGAAAACAGAGAGUUGAUUUUAACGUUGAUAACCAAACACAGCGACCACUGGUGCCCACAUAUUUAAUGAAAAGCAGAUGUGAAAAUAGCUGAGUCAGUAGAAAACAUGCCAAGUCAUGCAUGUGUUGUUCCUCAAGAGCAGCACUUUUAUUUAGCAGAAGUGUCUUUACCUUUAGGAAUCUCUUUGGCUAACCACCGUGACCUGCUCAACCAGGGCCAGGCCAGUGAGGAUGACCCCAUGUGGAGGAUAUACCCCUCCUAUAAAAGCUGCUCUUGAAUACAGGUCAUUAUUUGACUCAUGAGGAUUUUCAUUCAAUAUGUCACAUCCUUUUCCCACCUUUCAUAUAUUAAUGAUUUUUAUUUUUAUGAAAACAAAUAUAUAUCCAGUCUAUUAGAUACAUGGUAAUAAUAACCCUGACAUAUGUGAAUAGAGAACAAAAAUAACAACGACGACAGUUAAGGAAAACGUGUAAAAGAAUGUUAUUUGCAGUGUAUUAAAUAUCUCGUCAAAAAUGAACAUUAGAAUUGCUUUUAUGUCAGUAAGGUGUAUUUAGGCGUAUUAAAACAAAGUUUUUUUUUUUUUAUGUGGCUGGUUUACAUGUGUCUGUAUCUGGCAUUUUAUUGAUAAGAAAUGGGAUGAAGUAUUUAGCUUUGCCCUUGUAGCUUUUCUCCUCUGGAUGUCUCGUUUAUCUGUUCAUGUACUACUAAAACAAACACAUGUAGUUAGUAGGCUGUUAGUGGUACAAUAAUCCAGUAGGAUUUUACAUAGACGUCUUUGAUCGUCUCGUACGACAGUCUAUUUUUAUCAGUUUGAAACACAACCUGAUUAAGAGGUCUGGUUUUAAGAUGCCUUUUUCAUAUACACUAGCCUGUUGAAAACUUGCGCCCAAAGUUGUAAAACUAUAAUACGUGCUCUGUAUCACGUAAGUGAUAUUUGUAUGAUGGAAAAUAUUAAUAAUGUCCUGUUUUUGGCCAACAAAUGAAUGAUAUGUUUCACUUUCCUACAGACGUCCUGAUUGAUAGAUCGAGAGAUAGGCUUUGGAACACCCAGCACGUGGGGUAUAUAAAGUCCAUUAGUCAAAAGAAAGUCAAAGUGCAUCUUGAGCGUACAAGGACUGAUAUUAACAGUAUUCAUAUAUUAUCCUCUUGGUUUGCAACUUUCUCAACUCUCUUUGACGUUGUCUGUUUGAGUACUCAGCCCAGUCCAUAUGCAACUAUUAGUAAACAUGUAGUUUCAAGUAGACGCCAAGUAUGAAGAAAAGAAAAACUACAACUAUAUAACAUAAGGAAAACAAAACAAAUUGCUGCUUUUAGCUACAGUUGCUGGGAACAGAGAACAUUUCAACAUUGCAAGAUGUAAACAUGCACAGUGGUACAGAUUUGAACUGUUUCCCUUCCUGUCUGUACUCCUCACUCAGCUGCUUCCUGGUUUCAGGAGGAAAGGGUCUUAAAGAAAUACACAAUAUCCAGAACAGACAAGUCUCCAGCCUGCUCUUUGACAUUCAAAGCAUGGGAUGACUGACUAGGAUAUUUCUUAGUCGUUUUUUUGUUGUUGUUAUAUGAUAUUUUUAUUUUCUGUUUGUUAAAACAGGACCUUGAAACGACACAACACAUCACCUCAUUUUAUUUGGGAAUUUUUUUUCUUCCCAAAACCUGGGGAGAGGAAACAAAAUCUUGCACAAUUGCUCAUUAAAAUAAAUAUUUUAUUAUUUCAUUUUAAUAAUGGUAGAAUUGUUAUUCUAAUUGACCAACCGAUCAGAGCCUACUAUUGCCUCUUCAGUCAGCUAAUUAGACUGACCUAUAAAAGUAGUUGCCAAAUAUGUGAAAAGAAAUCCAACGUAAAAGAAACAUGUGUUUGGUUGUGACAGAGCGCCACUACCAACCAAUACUUGUGAAGUAAUACGUUCAGGUAUGAAUCCCCAAAGUUCAUGUUGACACUUCCAAUAGGCUGGGAAAUUAUCUAAAUUAGGAACAUUUAAUGAUUGAUCGUGAAGAAAUGUGGUUCGCAUCUUUGAAAGAAUUUGCCUCUUUCUUAUAGUGGUAAUUGAAUAUAAAUAUUUAUAUAAUUGUUUAAAAGCUAUGCUUAAAACAUAUAUAUUUUUUGUGUACAUCAAGUUUACAUUUUGAAAGACCAUGGCUAUAUCCAAUUCCAGACAAAAUUGUAGCACUCAAAUUUAGCAUUUAUCUUUUUAUUCAUUUAUUGAGCAUUUAUUGAUUAAAAAAGAAACGUCAAUUGGCA